AUGCAUAUCGUCGCUCCUUUUACUCCCGGUCAGGUCUCGUUUUUGCUCGGGAUCAUUCCGGUUUUUAUAGCAUGGAUUUAUUCAGAGAUUUUGGAGUAUCGGAAAAAUUCUUUGAUGAAAUCUAGGCACUCCGAGAUAAACUUAGUUGAAUUGAGCAAUGAUGUUGUUAAAGAUGAAGACAGAGCAGUUUUAUUGGAAGCAGGAACUCAACAACCAGCGUCCCCAACUCCAAAAGCUCGAAGUUUAUCUACCUCACCAUCAAUUAUCCGAUUCCUCUUGAUGGAUGAACAUUUCCUUAUUGAAAACCGUUUGACACUUAGAGCCAUGUCUGAAUUUGGUUUUCUUUUGACUUACUACUAUUUAUGCGAUCGCACGGAUUUCUUUGGCUCAUCAAAAAAGAGUUACAAUAGGGAUCUAUUCAUCUUCCUCUAUUUUCUUCUCAUCAUAGUUUCAGCAAUAACUUCAUUUACAAUACAUCAUGACAAGUCUCCAUUUUCUGGGAAACCCAUACUUUACUUAAAUAGGCAUCAGACUGAAGAGUGGAAAGGCUGGAUGCAGGUAUUGUUUUUGAUGUACCAUUAUUUUGCCGCAACUGAAAUCUACAAUGCAAUCCGUUUGUUCAUCGCUGCAUAUGUUUGGAUGACUGGAUUUGGAAACUUCUCAUAUUAUUAUAUUCGUAAAGAUUUUAGCAUGGCUAGAUUUGCUCAGAUGAUGUGGAGGCUUAAUUUCUUGGUAUUGUUCUGUUGUGUUGUACUUGACAACAGUUACAUGUUAUACUACAUCUGCCCCAUGCAUACUCUUUUCACUCUUAUGGUUUAUGGGGCACUUGGUAUUUUCAACAAGUACAAUGAGAUUGGGUUAGUCAUUGCUGCAAAAUUUUUUGCUUGCUUCUUGAUUGUUAUCUUAGUAUGGGAGAUACCUGGAGUCUUUGAAUGGGUUUGGAGUCCGUUUACUUUCCUGCUCGGUUAUACUGAUCCUGAUCCAUCUAAAUCACAAUUUCCCCGCUUGCAUGAAUGGCAUUUUCGCUCAGGGCUUGAUCGCUAUAUAUGGAUAAUUGGAAUGAUAUAUGCUUAUUAUCAUCCAACUGUUGAACGAUGGAUGGAGAAAUUGGAGGAAACUGAAAUCAAACGCAGAAUAUCAAUCAAAGCUGCUGUUGUGCUAAUAUCUUCAGUGAUGGGUUAUUUUUGGUUUGAGCAUAUAUACAAGCUUGACAAGGUCACUUACAACAAAUACCAUCCUUAUACCUCUUGGAUUCCCAUAACGGUUUACAUAUGCUUGCGCAACGUUACACAAAGUUUUCGUAGCUUUUCGCUGACCCUUUUUGCAUGGCUUGGAAAGGUUACACUGGAGACUUACAUCUCCCAGAUUCAUAUCUGGUUAAGAUCAGGCAUUCCAGAUGGUCAACCCAAGUUGUUGCUUUCCUUGAUCCCAGACUACCCAAUGUUGAACUUCCUGCUUACUACUUCCAUAUAUGUUGCAAUUUCCUAUAGGCUCUUUCAGCUGACCAAUACACUGAAAAUUGCGUUUGUGCCUAGCAAAGAUGACAAGCGUCUGAUACACAACAUAAUUACAGGGACAACAAUCUCGGUUGUUUUAUAUUCAUUAUCCUUUGCCUUCCUUACGAUACCCCAAAUCUUGGUUUGA